AUGUAUCCAGGUGAUAUUCAUCUAAACAUUGGAAUCAACAUUAACAGUAACGGUUACAUUAAUAUUCGAGCUGUAGUUUUACACGCUACUGGAGAACCAGAAGGUGUGUUAUGGAGAGCUGAUCAAGGCUAUGGACUUGGAGCUGAGGGAACGAGUCGAAUUAAUGCCACUCUUUUAUCUUUGGUCCGUAACGAAGAGGUCGAUGGCAUGGUUCAAGCUAUGCAAGAUCUGGAGAGAACAUGGAAUCAUAAGUUCAAUUAUCCGUGGACGUUCUUCAAUGAUGUGCCAUUCACAGAGGAAUUUAAACGUCGAACUUCUGCAGAAACGAAGGCAGAAUGCAAAUAUGAAUUGAUCCCGAAAGAACAUUGGGAGAUUCCCUCAUGGAUCGAUAAAGAGCUUUUUGAUGAAUCAGCAAAGAUAUUAAAGGAGAACGACAUCCAAUAUGCCAGCAUGGCAUCGUACCACCAAAUGUGUCGAUGGAAUAGUGGCUUAUUUUACAAACAUCCAGCCAUGGCAAAUAUGCAAUUUUACUGGCGUGUCGAACCAAAGGUCCAUUUCUUCUGCGAUGUCGACUAUGAUGUUUUCAGAUAUAUGCAGGAUCAGAAUAAAACCUACGGGUUUACUAUCAAUCUUUACGAUGCACCUCAAUCGAUUCCAACCUUGUGGCCCGAAACGACGAAAUUCUUAGCUGCACAUCCGGAGUACAUCCACGACAAUAAUGCGAUGAAUUGGAUCACCGACAGUGCGCGAAGACCCGAACAUAAUCAGAAAGCGAACGGCUACUCCACAUGCCAUUUCUGGAGUAACUUCGAAAUUGGUAACAUGGAUUUCUGGCGUAGUCAAGCAUAUGAGGAUUAUUUCAAUCACUUAGACCGUGCUGGAGGCUUCUUCUACGAGCGAUGGGGAGAUGCGCCGGUUCAUAGUAUAGCACUAGCACUUUUUGAAGAUUCAAGCAAGAUUCAUUGGUUCCGUGAUAUCGGUUAUCAGCACAUCCCCUACUUCAACUGCCCUAACUCUCCAAAAUGCAAAGGUUGCCAGGCGGGACGUUUCACAGAUGGAGAAGCUUGGCUACAUAAGGAGGAUUGCAGGGCGAAUUGGUUCAAAUAUGUUGGUAUGGGUUGA